AUGCCCGAGGAGGCGGCCACCGAGAGCGCCGCUGUCGUCGCCCUCUGCAACGUGGAGGUGCCCCGGCUGCUGGGUGACCUCAUCAACGUGCUGACCCACUUUGCGUCGGGCGAGGGCGGCGGCCAGUUCAGCGACGAGCUGCGCCAGCCGGCCAUUCGGCUCAUCUCGUUCUACGGCCUGCAGUCGCUGUUCACGCUGGCCUACAUCGUGUGCCUGUCGUACAUGGGCGAGGGCAUGGCGGCCGACCUUCGCUCCCAGCUGUUCGGCGUGCUGAUGGAGCAGGAUGUGGCCUUCUACGACCACCACAAGACGGGCGAGGUCAUCAACCGGCUGACCACGGACGUGCAGGACUUCAAGAGCUCCUUCAAGAUGUGCGUGUCGCAGGGCAUGCGCAGCAUAGCGCAGGUGGUGGGCUGUGUGGCUGCCCUGUACCACAUCUCGCCCCAGCUGACGCUGGGCUCGGCCGUCGUUAUUGGCUCCGUCGUCAGCGUCGGCACGAUGAUUGGCCGCGGCCUUCGUGCCAUCUCCCGCGACGCCCAGCAGCAGGUGGCGCACGCGACGGCCGUGGCCGAGGAGGCCGUGGGGAACGUCCGCACCGUGCGCGCGUUCGCCAUGGAGGACAGCGAGACCGAGUUCUACGUGGAGGAGGUCAACAAGUCCCGCGACAUCCAUAUCAGGCUGGGCGUCGGCAUCGGGCUGUUCCAGGCGGGCGCGAACCUCUUCAUGAACAGCGUGGUGCUGGCCACGCUGUACUACGGCGGCUACCUGAUGUCGCAGCGCCAGCUGACCGCCGGCGACCUGAUGUCGUUCCUGGUGGCCUCGCAGACCAUCCAGCGCUCGCUGGCGCAAAUGUCCAUUCUGUUCGGCACGUUCGUGCGCGGCAUGAGCGCCGGAGCGCGCGUCUUCGAGUACAUGAACCUCCGGGCUGAGAUUCCGAUCCGAGGUGGCGCCACCAUCCCCGUCAGUCAGCUGACGGGCAGCGUCGAGUUUCGUGACGUCACGUUCAACUACCCCACCCGUCCACAGGUGGUGGUGUUGGACCAUAUGCAGCUGCACGUGCCCGCGGGGCACAUGUUGGCCCUGGUCGGCUACUCCGGCGGUGGCAAGUCCACAUGUGCCGCCCUGUUGGAAAGGUUUUACGAUCCUGUGUCGGGCCAGGUGUUGUUGGACGGGCAUGACCUAAGGUCACUGGACCCGCACUGGGUGCGAGGGCGCGUGAUCGGCUACAUCAACCAGGAGCCCGUCCUGUUCGCCACCUCGAUCAAAGAGAACAUCCGAUAUGGCCGGACGGAUGCCACCGACGAGGAGGUAGAAGCGGCGGCGCGGCUGGCCAACGCGCACCAGUUCGUUUCGGCCCUGCCCGACGGCUACGACACGGCCGUGGGCGAGCGCGGUGUGACGCUGUCCGGCGGCCAGAAGCAGCGCGUGGCCAUCGCGCGCGCUCUGCUCAAGGAUCCGCGCAUCCUCGUCCUGGACGAGGCCACCAGCGCACUGGACGCUGAGUCGGAGAAGGUGGUGCAGGAGGCGCUGGACCGGGUGGUGACCGGCCGAACGGUGCUGGUGAUCGCGCACCGGCUCUCCACCGUGCGCAACGCAGACACCAUCGCCGUCAUUGCCGACGGCAAAGUGGCCGAGAUGGGCUCGCACGCGGAGCUGGUGCGUAAGCGCGGCCUCUACUGGGACCUGGUGAAGCACAACACGCUGCGAGAGGAGGGCGGCGCGGCACCGGCCGGCGGCCGCUCCUUGUGACCUCGC